AUGAGUUCUCCUCAGAUCACGUUGUACUUCGACAUUGGUAGCCCAUUCAGUUACCUUGCAUUCUACCAUCUCAAGAACUCCCCCGUGUUCUCAACAUGCAGGAUUGAGUAUGUCCCAGUCCAUCUGAAAGACUUGUUCCAAAAGUGCCAGAAUCCCCCUCCGGUCCUCGUCAAGAACAAGUUCUUAUGGCUCCAGCGUGAGAGGCUGUAUUGGGCCCUUAGGGUUGGUGCCCCUGUAACUGAAAAGCUGCCCGAUGGAUUUCCUGCAGCGACGGCGGACGUCCAGGCUGCACUGGCUGGAUUAAGCAAGGAAUCUCCAGAGAAGCUCCUCCUGGUUGCGGACCGAUUGUUCAACAUCUUCUGGGCACAAGGUGAUUCCAGUAUUGUGAAACCUAAUAGGUUUCGCGCUAUUUUCGAAGAGAUUGUUGGACAUAAGGAGGCUGAUGUGAAUCAAGAAGGCUUAGGGACGUCCGCCCUGAGUGAGAAUACCCAGCGUGCCUUCGACGCCGGAGCGUUCGGGACUGCCUUGGUUUGA